AUGCGACAAUCGAGAAGCAGCACUCCGGCCCAGGAUGGCGAUGAUACGACUUGGGGUUCCAAUUUCUGGGUGACGCUCGUUGAUCCUCAGCGAUCACGUAGACGCAAUCCUCAGUUCUAUGCAUGUCCUGCGACCGGUCAAGUCAGUUGGGACGCGCCUGUUGGCAAUUUCGUAUUGCCACCGAGCGCAGAGGGUGAAUGGUGGGAGUUGAGUGAUGAGAGUCGCGGAGGCUUAUCCUACUACUAUCAGACGAAAACUGGAGAAACAGUAUGGGAAAGACCACCAGGUUUCGUAAUCCCUCUGGGUAUCAUUCAGGCAAAAAAACCGGCUUACAGGCGUUCCAACUCUUACGCGAAUGGUCAGGACGACAUGCCAAACCGAAAGUCCCCACGUUCAAUUACCCCCGCCAAAAGUCCGGCUUCUACGAAAACGAAAAGCCCCCCUGCACGACGUUCUCUUUCUAACGACCAAUACCACAAUACUAAUAAUCUGAACGGCUCCAGCCGUCUGCAUACCCUCGCCCAGCAUUUACCCCCGAUACCUGCAUCUCCUUAUACUUCAGAUGCGAAUUUAUCAUCCCCAAAGCUCAAAACUUUGACACCUUCCAGCAGUAGUCCCAAACUCAAGGAAGACGCCUUGAGACGCUCGUCUAAUAAUUCCACUCCAGAAUCAUCCGUUCGAGCGAGAUCAAAAUCAUCAUCAUAUCUAUCUCAUCGUCCCCAACUUCCACAGAGCCUCAAUGCUGCCGUGGAAAUGCUUAGUUCCACUUCUGAAAGUAGCCAUACGUCAAAUCAACCUUGUUCUCAGACCGGUACCAGUAGCGUACAGGCAUCGCCUACAACACUUGACAGUUCUGCAGCUGAAAAAUCUGGGAAGCGAGGAGCUCCAAGCCGACCGAUCCCGCCGCCACCAGGGGAUUCGAAGACGGGACGGAAUCCGCCCGUGAGGAUUAACGGCAAGGAAAUCAGCGGCCCUAUUCUAAACUCAGUCGCCACAUUGGAAAUGAGUCCGGUGAAGAAUCGAGCAACAGGCAAGCCUAUCCUCAUACAGCCCCGCGUCGUGUCGCUCGAUGCUGCAACAGCGACUCUAAGUUCUGGGAAAAGUUAUCCGGUUCUUCCCCACGAUCUGGCUUCCGACAUCCUACAAUUCGCCGAAUCUGAUUAUGCGAAGCAGUAUUUUUCCACUCAUCGUACAGGGUUCAUCUUUCGACGGCGAAUUCCUGUCGCACAGAUGAUGUCUUGGCAGAAGGCCCCCUUAGCUUCUCCAUUGCUGGCCUUGAACCGUACUUUGAAUAGAGAUGCAGUCAAGAUAUUUAAAAUCAUACAGCACAUAAUGGGUGAUAGAGAAGGAAAACCGGUGGGUGUGCGGGUGCCCUCCGAUGCUCUUUCGACUGUUUCAUCAAGUAACACAUCUUCCGCAUCUCUGGCUUCGAAUACAGCAAGUAUUCUAGAGGAGGAGAGAUGGAUUCUGGGCGAGGGCUUGACCCACGGAGAACUUCGUGACGAAAUAUAUUGUCAACUCAUGAAGCAGCUAAGUGGCAAUCCCAAUACGGAGAGCGUAUUCCGAGGAUGGCAGUUGAUGUGUGUCCUUCUCAUAACGUUCCCACCCUCCAAAAACAUAGAGACGUAUGUGCGGGGAUUCAUGCAACAGCAUCUGUCCAAGCAGGAGGGACGCGUAGACAUUAUGGCGAAAUAUUGUCUACGACGGCUGUCUUUCAUCUCGAGGAAAGGACCCCGAAGCAAACCACCAAGUACUGCGGAAAUUGAAAUAGCUUCUGAUGCCGCAUUUAAUCCGUCUACAUUCGGCGAAUCACUAGAUGCCAUCAUACGAUUGCAAGAACGCAAUUACCCUCAUCAAAAAGUGCCAAUCAUUCUUCCCUUCCUUGCAGAUGGCAUUUUGGCGCUUGGGGGUACGAAGUCGGAGGGCAUUUUCCGUGUACCUGGCGAUAGUGAUGCUGUAUCUGAGCUCAAGCUACGCAUCGAUAGAGGGUACUACACACUGGACGGUGUGGAUGACCCUCACGUUCUCGCGUCUCUCAUGAAGUCCUGGCUUCGAGAGCUUUGUGAUCCCCUCGUUCCCGAGGAAAUGUACAACGAGUGCAUAUCGAGUUCCAAGGAUCCCGAGGCGUGUAUCCAUAUCGUGCAACGUCUACCAACCGUCAAUCGACGUGUUGUACUCUUCGUCAUCAGCUUCCUUCAAUUGUUCUUAGACGACAGAACACAGUCGUUGACGAAGAUGACGCCCGCUAACCUUGCGCUGGUAAUGGCGCCAAAUCUUCCUCCGCUGCAACUCGGAUUCGAUGUCUAUCGUGUACACCUAAUACACAGUUCGUAUGAACAGAUAUUCGUGUACAACCUUCUGCUUUACCUUAAGUGCGGUGAGGUAGACAUGGAUUACAUUCCUGCGCAUGGACUUGGUGCAAUUCCAGCAGUCUCUAGAUCGCGAUCGUCGAAAUCGCGAACUCGACGUAAUCGUUACUGA